AUGUGCCACGAAGCAAUGUGCCACGAAGCAAAGUGCCACGAAGCAAUGUGCCACAAAGCAAAGUGCCACGAAGCAAAGUGCCACGAAGCAAUGUGCCACGAAGCAAAGUGCCACGAAGCAAUGUGCCACAAAGCAAAGUGCCACGAAGCAAAGUGCCACGAAGCAAUGUGCCACGAAGCAAAGUGCCACGAAGCAAUGUGCCACAAAGCAAAGUGCCACGAAGCAAAGUGCCACGAAGCAAUGUGCCACGAAGCAAAGUGCCACGAAGCAAUGUGCCACAAAGCAAAGUGCCACGAAGCAAAGUGCCACGAAGCAAUGUGCCACGAAGCAAAGUGCCACGAAGCAAAGUGCCACGAAGCAAUGUGCCACGAAGCAAUGUGCCACGAAGCAAAGUGCCACGAAGCAAUGUGCCACGAAGCAAUGUGCCACGAAGCAAAGUGCCACGAAGCAAAGUGCCACGAAGCAAUGUGCCACAAAGCAAAGUGCCACGAAGCAAAGUGCCACGAAGCAAUGUGCCACGAAGCAAUGUGCCACGAAGCAAAGUGCCACGAAGCAAUGUGCAACGAAGCAAGCCUGAGAGGCUGUGUGGAAACUGACUCCUCGGUUGCCUGUCAGCUGUCAAAUUUUUAUUCGCACAUUUUUUCUGGAAAAAAAAUUAACAAAACAACAUUGAAAAGAAAGCAGAGCUAA